AUGGAGGAGCAGUGGUUCAUGAGGAAGAUGCUGCUGCUGCUGCUGCUGCUGCUUUUACUGUUGUGCAAUGCCGUAUGCAAGAAGCAUUCUGUUCAAUGUACCACAGCUGUUGAUCUUCUUCCUAUUCCUCAUGCAUUUUAUCAGCCUGGUGACCUGAUUGUGGGUGAGAUUGUUUCUCAAGUUUUCUAUGCAUACGAAACUCCGUCUUACGAAGAACAGCCAGCACAGUUGUUUAUUUCUGAACCUGUAUCGGUGCCAAAGAACUACCAGCACAACUUGGCCUUGGCUUUUGCUGUAAAAGAGAUCAACGAGAAUCCCAGCAUUUUACCAAACAACAGCUUGGGCUUCCACAUCCUCAACAGCUACUUCAAUGCAAGGAUGACCUCUAAAGCUACCUUGAGUUUGCUUUCUUCACACAACAAAUUUGUCCCCAAUUUCAAGUGUGAUACAUGGUCCAAUCUCGUUGCAGUCAUUGGAGGACUGAGUUCAGAAACCUCUGCCCAUAUUGCCAACACAGUCACCAUUUACAAGAUGCCACAGCUCACUUAUGGAUCAUUUUACCCAGUGCAGGAUAACAAAUGGCUGCUUGCUUCCAUGUAUCAGAUGGUCCCCAAUGAAGCCACUCAAUAUAUGGGCAUUAUCCGGCUAUUUCACCACUUCAGAUGGACAUGGACCGUGUUGUUUGCAGCUGAUGAUGACAAGGGGGAAAGGUUCAUGCAAAUCAUGGUGCCAAUGCUUUCUGAGAAUGGCAUCUGUUUUAAUUUCACAGUACGAUUACCACAACAGACUUAUUUUGAUGAUAUGCUGGAUGUGAUUUUAAGGCAGCACAAGAACUUUAAUGUUUAUGCUCAAAGCAAAGCCAAUCUGCAUCAUUUUCUAAGGAGCAUCAUGUUCAAUAAUAGUGCUGGAGAGACUGUGUGUUUUGAUGAAAAUGGAGAACUGAAAGUUGGGUUUGAUGUUACAAACUGGGUAACAUUCCCAAAUGGAUCUUUUGCAAGAGUACAGGUGGGAAAUUUGGAUCCUCAGGCUCCUCAAGGCAAUGAGCUGACCCUCAAUGAGGAUCUAAUAACAUGGCACAGAACCUUUAACCAGGUGGUGCCCCUUUCCUUCUGCAAUGAACAUUGUCAUCCUGGCUACAGCAGGAAAAAGAAGGAAGGACAGGCCUUUUGCUGCUAUGAUUGUAUUCCAUGUCCAGAAGGAACGAUUUCUCAGGAUGAGGGUAGGGCACACAAUGUAUGGAGAUAUGCAGAUGCCUGUAUCAAAUGUCCACAAGAUCAGUAUGCCAACAACAACCAAAAUCAAUGCAUUCCCAAGGUCCUCAGUUUCCUCUCUUACAAAGAACUAUUAGGAAUCACCUUAACUAUGAUGGCUGUUACCUUGGCUGGGAUCACAGCUUUGGUGCUUGGAAUUUUCAUAAAGCACCAGGAGACUCCCAUCGUCAAAGCCAACAACCGGAACCUCACCUACAUUCUCCUCAUCUCCCUUUUUUCCUGCUUCCCCUGCAUGUUGCUCUUCAUUGGAAAACCUUUACAAGUGACCUGCCUUCUCCGACAAACAACUUUUGGUAUUGUCUUCUCCAUUGUCCUUUCCAGUGUGUUGGCCAAAACCAUCAUUGUAGUUUUAGCCUUCAUGGCUACCAAACCAGGAUCUACACUAAGGAAAUGGAAUGGGAAAAGAAUGGCAAGUUCUGUUGUCCUUUUCUGCUCCUUUAGUCAAGCAGGCAUUUGUUUUCUUUGGCUAUGUACUUCCCCUCCAUUCCCUGAUACGGACAUGCAUUCAGUUACGGGGGAAAUCAUACUGCAAUGUAAUGAAGGCUCAGCUGCCAUGUUUUACUGUGUCUUGGGUUAUUUGGGCUUCCUGGCCAUUGUCAGCUUCAUAGUGGCUUUUCUUGCCAGGAAGUUACCUGACAGUUUCAAUGAAGCCAAAUUUAUCACCUUCAGCAUGUUGGUCUUUUGCAGUGUUUGGUUGUCCUUUGUUCCAACGUACUUGAGCACCAAAGGGAAAUCAAUGGCAGCUGUGGAGAUCUUUUCUAUCUUGGCCUCUAGUGCUGGCUUACUGGGUUGUAUCUUUUUCCCUAAAUGCUACAUCAUCAUUCUGAGGCCUGAGUUAAACAACAGGGAUCAAUUAAUAAGGAGAAAGAAGUGA